AGCCAUGACAGCAGUGAUAUUGAAGAAAAAUACUUGUUAUCAAAAAAUAAUUUAUACUUUUACCAACUUAAAUCAUAGUAAUCAAGUCAGAGAAAUUACUGUGUCUUUAUUUAACAAGUGAAGCAAAUUACGACUUAAUAAAUUUGCUCAUUACAAAGUAUCACUUUCCAUUUCAAUUAGAGGUUAUGUUGUCCUUUUUUUAAUCAUUAUCAUUAGGGGAAAUGAAAAUAAACAUUUAAAAAUUGACUUUUUUUAUAAAUAUACUUAUAAAACGAAUAAAUUUUCUCUUUUUAUUCGAUUUCGAUUUAGAGUAAUAUCAGUGCCACAAUAUGCUUCUAAGCACAAAACGUCGACUAAUAAUAAAUAUAUUUUGUGCUAGUUUUGUAAAUAAAUUAACGGAUUAAUUUCUUAUAUUAUAAUGGAUCAUCCUGUAGCCGAGGCAAAGGUGGUCCUUGAAGCAGAAACUGUGUUUCUUUUAAUGAAAAAGGGUUUUCCAAUAUCUCGAAAUGUGAGGGCACAAUGGAAAAUUGAACAUUUAGAUUCAGUGGUAUCAAUUGAAGAGCCUGUGAUUGAUAAUGAAGAAACACAAGAAUUGGAGAUUGUGUCGGUGCUUCCAAAGGAUAAACCCAUUUCCUGGAGCUGUGAAAAUAAUCAUCAAUUUCUUUAUCGAAUAUCCUCGUCGACUUUGAUUAUAUUUCUUGCACAUAAGUACAAGAUGGUCUUUAGUCUCGAUCUUAGUCCAUCUCUUGCAACAAUAGGUAUACAAAAUGGUCAAGUCGUAAUCGACGAAGUUUGUCUAGCUACGAAAAGAUGUUUGGAAGGAAUUACGAGACCGUUUUUCGCUCCAGGGAGUAAAAGACUGAUAAAGCCGGAGAUUUACGUGACUGUGAUAGCUCACACGCCAUUUUUCGCGAAUCCGGCGCAACAAGUUUUAGUUCAAGGAUGGUUAGUUACCAAGGAAAAUGUAGGCAGUCUAAUGCAUUUUAUAGAGAAACAAUUAAAUAUCCUCGAGGAGAAAGUGGCCCAUGUGACGGGAGUUGUAAAUCAGCAAUUAGAAAAUUUACGAGCUGAAAAUGAAAAAUUAGUGGGUGGACUUUUCGAGGAGGGUGGCACCAGUGUGGGAAAUAGUAACACUAAUAAUAUGUCAAUUAUGUCCAUGGCCUCACCAGAGACUAGCUUUGUCAAUAUGCUGCGAUAUGGAAUGCUCGCUCUUUCCCUUCUUCCCGAUCAUAGUUGUGCUCAUUUAGUUAUUGUCACCGAUGGAAUAGUGGGAAUAACAGACGCAAAUGUAAUGGAUUUUGUAAUUCAACAAUUGAGAGCAACAACAGUUGCCUGUAGUUUUCUACACGUGGGAAGUUCAUAUCAUCCACAUUGCGCGAAUGGUUUAGUUCCCUACGAAGAUAUACUCAUUUUUCUCGCAACCGCUACUCUGGGAACUUAUUUUUCCUUCAUUCCACAAACUUUACCAAUCGAAGAGACGGAUUUAAAUAUUUAUCAACGAAAAUUUCUUUGCUGGCAAUUAUAUCGAGCAAUUUGUUGCGAGAGAAAUUCGUGGAACUCAACUGAUUGUCAUAUGAAAAAAUGCCUUGUUCAUGGCGAUGAUUUUCCACAACUUUUGAGGAAAAAACAGAUUGAGGAGAAAGUCAAGUGUACACUGAGUAGUUUAUUGUGUUGUCGCUUGCGGGAGGGUUAUUUAAUUAAGAAAAUUAAUUUACGGGAGGAACAUCUUGAAAUUUGUUUUGUAUUACCAUGGAGGACGGAUGUUUUUUUGGAAUUUUCCAUAUCGUGCCCUUGGCAAAAGAGAUCAAUGGCGGUGUGUAAUACGAUUACUUAUACGAUAACUUUAGAAGCGACGUACGAAUUUUUACACGACAUUACCUGUUUAUCGAAGAAGCCCUUGAAAUCUCAGUAUCGACAGAAAGUCGUCUCACGAUUUUGGGCUGCUUUAACAUCACUCACGGAGAGUGAUAACAUGCUCUCGCACUUUAGCUGGUCACCAGGAAUUGGCUGGACUUGGUACAAUGUCCCGGAAACAAUUAAAAGUGGCAUGCCUGUUUUUUAUUUACCCACUUAUGCUUCUGCCAGUUCGAUUCAACUCAGUGACGCGGCGUGCCCGCAAUUUGGUCAAAUUUGGCAGCCAGUUGUGACACUAGAACCACAUCAAUGGGCAAGAUGGAUGCAUUGUCAACGAAUAAGAUUAAUUUUAUGUCACGACAAACCAUUGCCGAAACAUCUUCAUCAGGCAAAUCAGAGUGGACGUUUUCAAUCGGUGCAAUAUCGCCAGGCUGGGGCCGCUCUCUAUGGAAUGUUAAAAAAUUGGGCAACUUUUGUUCUCGUCGAUAAUCACACCUAUGUACAAUUUAUUUAUCGAGAACUGGAUAAACCGCCAGUGUCAUUUUCAAUAAUUAAUGUCAAUUGUCGAGCACUUUGUGUCGUAUUGAAUAUUGCAUUUGCCGGCGGUACAGAAGGUGUGGUGAGACAUAAUGUUGUCACUGAUCUAUUGGAGAGACUCGCAAAAUUAACGCUUCCCAGUCGACCCACUGAUCUUAAGGAAAUUUCCUGUUGCACGAUAAUUCAUAAAUCUUUGGAGAAAAUUCUAGUACGCUACGAACGUAUGCCAAGUGAUUUGAAUAGUGUAAAAUAUUUCGAUGGAACGCAAUUUUUAUCGAGAAAUUCAUUGAUACCGAGUGGAUUAUUCACUGGUACAUUGUCAACGUAUUUGUAUCAUGGACGAUGGUUGUGGUUCAUUAAGAAACCGUUUGUUCAAUCCAUACCGGUUAUUAAUCUACCGAAAUUGAACAUUUCUGCGAUUGCCAGGAUUCUCUCGACUAUCACCAAAAUUCGUCUCUCUGAGGGCUUUAAUUUUGCACAUUCUUCGGCAGGAAUUAUAAAUAUGGUACGAGAAGUGCAAAUGAAGGGACCGGAAAAUGAUCCAUCCUUUUAUCCUUGUACUAUUCAGUAUAUUUUAUUUCCGCCUCAUGUGCUUGUUAAUCCUACAACGGAAAGAGACAGUGGUUCUGAUGACACAGACGAUGGCGAUGGAGAAGUUGGAAACGAGGAUUGCGAGAAUAUUGGAGAUUUUCAAAUAAUCACAGAAAUUUGGGUCGAACCGCAAUGUGGUAAUGUUCAAAUUCCCUCUCAACAGAAAGCGGAGUACAUGCAUUGUUUACAGUAUCAUCAAUUACCAGAUGCUAUUGCUUAUAUCGACGAAGACUGUAUUAAUGCAUUAUUAACCCUCGAGCACUUGAGCCUCUUGAGUCAAGUGUCACCUUCGGAGAAAAAUUUAGAUGUUAUCGCUGCUCAAGGUUAUUUGAAUCAAGGAUUAAUUAGUAGAUCGAUUAAAAAACCUAUUUUGUCGGAUUUUCCAGAAGGUCAUCCCUCCAAUCAGGAACGAAUUCAUUCUGUGAAUUUUCUCUUCGACACUCUCAAUAUUUUGCCAAAAUGUCAGCAAGCCGAACUCUUGUUCUCUAUGUUCGAUGACGGUAUACAUAAUGAUGAUGUGGGAGACGAUAAUGCGAAUCGAAUACUCAUCGAAGGAUUUUUGGAUCACAUAAAGCAUCUUCACAAUCGGGAAUUGAUUCUCACGGCUGUGGAAUCUCAAAAAUUUACAGAAAUGUUAUUCAAUCGUCCUCGAGAUGAAGAAUCUCAUAUUCCAUAUUUCCACUCAAAUCGAAUAAAGAAUAAAUCAGUGUUCCCCCAAUGGAGAUGUUUCGUGAAGGGCGUAAGUGUCACCCAUGUGAUUAUAACAAUUUUACCGGCAACCGAAAAAGACGCUCGAUUACUGAUGUAUCCAGAGGAGGACGUUCAAGAUUCAUAUUUGAGAACCGAUUCAAAUUUACACUAUGAAUCGUUGAGUUCGAAUUUUGAUCUUCGAGAUACAAACUUGACUCCAGUGCCUUAUGCGAGAAGUCAUCAUGACAAUGAGAGUUUGUCGCCUUUUCAUAAUUUCGACGAUUUCAAUUCAAAUGUAUCGAGUCACACGACAACGGCACACAGUACACCGAAAAUGGAACCAUAUCAAAAAUUGACCGAUGAAAAUACAAAACGGGGAUUAAUUCUUCCAAUUUAUGUUUACGAUUGCUCGUUGGCAUUGUUGAUCGACGCAUUGGUCGAUAAACUUUCUUCACCACGUGCCAAAGACAUUUAUCGCGAUUAUACAUUUCGAAUUGGUGAACAUUUUCAAGAGGAGUUCAUUAAUUUGAAAUCAGGCGGGGACACGAAACCUUCAUCGCCAGAACCGAAGAGUGAAGAUUCUGACAAUGCUUUAAAUGAUCAAAAGAGUCUAAUGGAGCAUUGUAAGAUUUUGAGUUUGGCUCAUUGUCGUUGUUACGUUAUGGCAGUUUACAAAUCACUGAUUCUUCAACGUCCCUUGAAUUAUGAAGAUAUUGAAGCAGCCGUUGAGCAAUGCGAGGAAAAUUAUAUGGAAAUCAAUAUAACAGAUUAUUUACGAUCCGUUUGCAAGCAUUUGAGUACAUCGUCCUUAGAAAAUCAAAAUACCUAUACGGAGAAAAUUGCGUGCAAUGAAAUUCAACCUUUUCACAAUUUAAUUAAAAAUAAAUUCGAGAGAAUAAUAAAUGUGUCGUUUAGACCUGUGCCGGCACAUCCGAAAUUGUACUAUUGUCUUCCUUCCUGGCAACCGGAAAGAAUGAAACUUGCAGAUUUACAAAACACGGACAGUGACGAUGAAUUGGAGGAAUUCACCUUUCAUUCGGAGGCGUUGGAGUGUAAAAUGAAUAGUUGCACUGGAAAAGUGAAUGCAAACAGCGUCAGUUGGCCGAUGGUGAACAAUCACAAUGAGCAAAAAUUUUCCAGCAGUGAAUCAACGGAAUCGUUCAUCAGCGAUCUCAAUGUAGAUUCAGAUUCCAGUAAAGAUCAUCCUCUAUUUUUGCAAUUAAAUUGUUCGGUUCGUAAUCGCUCAAGUCUGUCGAGUACACCAGUCAAACUACUACCAACAUGCGUUACGGAAAUAAUGCAAAAUUUCGACAACUACGAAGACUAUAAAGUGACACUCGACAUAAUUUGUCUCUAUCUUCCCAAGGAGGUAUUGGAAGUGAGCAUCGAUUGUACUCCCGGCUUGCGAACAACAUCUUUUUGUAGUGCAUCACCACACGGAAGUCUCGGCACCGAGCACAGCAACAGCAUUGGAAAUGGUACCGAUUUCUCCGACGUCGAAGCAGUUCAAGCCGGUCUGUCCCACCUGCCACACUAUCAAUACACGGCAAUCACGAAUUUAAAGGAGGAAAUCGAUUGGCUUCUUCAGGACGAGACGGCGACGGCACUUUUGGAUAAAUCCUCCCCAACUGAGGAGGCAUUAAAUUUUGUCGCUCGUCACGUUGCCGAAUCGAACGAUCGCACAAGUUGUUACACGGAGAAAGUACUUUUACAUUUUGUCUUCCCCUCGGAGAAUAGUGUGCCAAAAUUUCUCGAAGAACUCACGCGACUCGAGAUUGAUCGCUAUUGUAUUCGUCAGGAGGGGAGUUAUUUUUAUUUCGUCAAGAAUCUCGAGCAACAGGUGUACAAUGCCGAUUCGAGUGGUGGCGAGCAACAGAGCGAGGAAUCGGUCGAGCAAAAUUGUUUCGAUGAUGAAAUUUAUUCGGAUCUCGAGAGGCAGGACGAGAGACGAACUAAGAAACAGGACUCGGGCGAUCCACCGGGUUAUUUGUCGGAAAUAUCCAGCAUUGGCGAGGGACAAAUUGGCACUGACGAUGGUUACGAUGGUGACAGUAGCGACUCCGAGGAUGAAUGUCAAUGGUUAAUUGAAAUGGAUCGACGUCGGAAGUUGUUGCCUAAUUUUUGGCUUAUUCUACGCGUGGAAACAACGCACGUGAAUGUUUAUUUUCACUGUCGAUUUUUGGAAUUGGCAUCAACUGAAGUGGCGCACUAUCAACAGAUACAAAAAUUACUCGUCACGCAAAUAAAAGCAAUUUGCCGUCGUGUGAAUCAGUAUCUUUUGCUUCAUCGUCUCAAUGACACGCGACUCUGUGAUUCUUUACUUGAACCCGAGUCGAGUGAGGAUCACAACUGGAAAGCCGAUUCAUUCAGCGAGGGUAGUGGAGCAAUUAGUCACAAUGCAGCGAUAAAUCUCAAUCCAGGAAUGUUUCGAUGUCCUGUCGUUUGGGAAAUGCCAUUUUGUUUACAUCCGAGAUUGAAAACUGGUCCGGGACGUUCGGGUUUGUCGAGAGGUAUUAAAGCUCUGCACGCUGUACUGAAUCGUCUCUCGGUCAAUAAUCGAAGUAAUAUGUUUGUCUAUCGGGAGAAAACUGACAAUGUCUUUUAUCUUCGUCUACACGAGCAGACAAGUGAUGGGAAAUCUCUGCAGAAUAAAUUGUCGGAGAGUGAUGAGAGACUUGUUGUUUCGAGGAGCAGUAGUAUCGCAUCAUUGUCACAGGCUAGAGGAACGAGUUUAUUGAAUGAGCAGAGUAUUAUUGAUGACACAAGACCUAGGGUACGAUCAUUUGGAGAAAAGGAGUCGGACAUUUUGAAUAAAACUGGCGAUUCUAUUGUAUUGAUGGUGCAUGGAAUUUCGGAAGCUGGACCUGAAAUUAGAUGCGAAUUGGUUCAGGUAUUGCAGAAUCGUUUGGAUGAUGCUGUUCUUGAAGUUCUCUCAGUGAUGCUUGCAAGAAAUCCAAUGUGUAAAUUAACUCCAGCCGAUGUUCAUUUUAUUCAAAAACCUUAUCGUUCACCGGAGAGUAUUGUGAGAUUGAGUUUCCCACCGCAUUGUCUGACUCACAUGUGUGCUUUGGGAUAUUAUCUCCGACAAAAUGUUUUACAGUUUCUCUACAUACCGAAACACACGGACUCACGAGCACAUUAUCACUUUCAAGAUUAUUCGCAACCGGAAAAUUCUGUGAAGCGAAUACCCGAAUCGGAAAUCUUCUUGUACAAUCAAAGUCAAUCGAGCGGAAGUCGUGGAAUCGCGUGUAUCGCCAUGGGAAUUGUUAAUACAAAAGGAGAAUUGAUUAUCACGGAAAAUAAUUCAUCGAGAACAUCACCUUUACCAGAAUGUCUAAAAGUUGAAGAUUUCGAAAGUAUCGUAUCAACUUCAGUGUUCGAUGCAAAGACGGAAAUGGAAACUGAUAUUAAAGCUUUGAUCGAAUUUCGAAUCUGGAAGCAGGGUCGUGUUAAUCUUGAAUCUCUUGUUCAGAAAUUAAGAUCUGCUGUUAGACACGCUAUUUGGGAUUUAGUAACCGAAUAUCAUUUUCUACCGACACUUCUCACAGUUCCUCUGAAGGAGAAUUCGAUUCUAAAUACAGAUGACUCGCCAAAUCGACAAAUUAGUGAAAGUAAAAUCAAAACGCCUGAAACUGAACAGUCGCCUGAAACUAAAAUUAAAACUGAAACUUUCGUUACCGAUAAAUCCGACGAAAAUAAAAAAAUUGAGAUUAAAUCAAAUUCAGUUAAAACUACUAAUCAAAAUAUUGAAAUAGAAAUAAGUAAAAAAUCCGAAAUAGAAAAAACGCCAAGUGAACUUGAUCAAGGGAAAAGAAUUAAUUUAGCAGAAAUUAAUGAAAGUGAAAAUGAAAUUAAAUGCGAUGAAACUGGUAAAAUUUCUUCUAAAGAAAAAAAUAGUGAGGCAGCAAAUACUUUGAAUUAUGAAAUGGGCGAGAAGGGAAAAUUGCAUAAAAUGUAUUAUGUUACUUUACCGUUUUGGUUUCAAUUUGCACUCGAGAUAAAUGUACCGGCUGUUAAGAAGCACAUUGUCACCCUCGACAGAAGACACUCGUUGGCGGUUGCUUUACGUGAAUUGCAAAAUAUUAUUUAUAAUAAUGCGUCGGAUACAUUGACGAGAACUUUCGUUCAAAGUAGUCGUCAACCUUUUAUCAACGAUGACAUGGAAGAGGAUCCAUUGGCAUUUAAAAUUCUCGAGGGAGCUGAUAACAUAAACAGUGCUUGGCUUAAGAAUGCCCAGGAGAAGGAGAGUAACGACGAAAGUCUCUAUCUUCCCUGUGAUUUUUUUAAAGAAGAACAAGGAAUCUACGUUAAAAGUAUUCUCAUCGCGAGAAAUUUCCAACAGUGGAAAGCCUCCUUCGCACAGACGAUUGAACCCGAGAAACUUGUGCCUAAAGAUCAAAAAUUACUCCAAAGAUUCUACCCGCUAAUUUUUGAAUCGGACUUUGUACCUAGACAAAGACUACUAUUGGCGAAAAUUCAAAGUAAAAAUAUCAUUCUCUACAUGUACAAUUGGUCGAAGGAGAGAUCGGAGAAAUUAAUUAAGCAAACGACGAAUUUGGGAAUGUGGCUCUCGUCAAGAUCGACGCUUUAUUCGAAUAUAAUAAUGCAAAAAUUGGGGAUUUUUCAUCAUCAACCAUUGAGAACGUAUGAGCAGAGGGAACAAAAUGAAUCGACACAAUUUCAAAUAACAGACAUUGAGAGUCUUGCAAAAUUUCCUCAAGCUUCGCCUGCUAGAAUACAAACUACAAAAAAUACGUCAUUUUCUUGGAGUCAUUUAAUGGGACAAGUGAUGAGAGAUGCGAAACCAAAUGCUCAAAAUUCACCGACAACAACGGAUCCAGUUGUUAAAGCAGCUCACGAUUUUCAGGAACUUCGGCAGAGGGAGAAGAAACGAAAAGAGGAUCUGAAUAAAUUGUAUUCGAUUUGGCAAAGUAAGAAUACAGUUCCGAAUAUUCCAAUUUCCUCGUCGACAUUGAGUACAUUUAGGCAGCAUUCGAGAGUGAUUCACUAUUGUCACACGCCGUUGUUGUUUUUGCCCGAUUGGCGUUUACAAUCUGCCGCCACAAGAGAUCAUUCAUUGACACCAUCGUCGUCGAGUAUUUCGGAGAAUGCCGCACAAUUGAACACGACAUCGCGGAAAAUUAAGGAUGCGGAUAGAUCUAGUCCAGUGGUGAACGAAUGGCACCGAGAAUUAUGUUUUCACAUGCUUUCCGAGUACAAACAAUAUCUGCAAAUUCUCGGUUUCAAUCCUGUUCAAACCGAAACUAUUCAUCGAUCGGAACGAGAGACUGGUCAGAAUCAAAUUUUUUAUUUGAAGAAGUCAAUGCUCGGUGGAGUACUUUUAUUUGAAAUUUACCUGUUGGAGCCAUUUUUCUCGGUUAAAUUGCGAGUGAUUGAAUGCAGUCGAUUGCAAGCGAAGACAAACAGUGCUCUAGUCAAUCAGUUUAUACUCAGUUUUAUUGAUGCCUGUGAUGAAAUUAAAAUAAAUAUGCACUUGCACUCAUUUACUUAUGAUUUUCAUCUUCGAUCGAUUCAUACAUAUCUCGCUGGAAUUGGCCACAGACCACUUAAAUACGGUUAUCAUCUCACAAAUUUUUUGGACGAUUUCAAUAAAUAUUACAGCAAGGCUCCAAAUUAUGCGAGAAAUUUAGUCUACAGUGGUGUUAUAACGAUUAGUAAUUUGGCAACACCUGCACGAACGCUGUACUCCUAUUUACUGUCCCAUGAAAAGGCGUACGGAAUGCAAGUUUUCAGCAUGACAGACGACUCGGAUGAAAAUCAGGAAAGUGAAUACGUUCUCGUAAAAUUGCAAAAUUCACCCCUAGUUGGUUAUUGCGAUUCACAGGAUACGAAAUACACGGACGAUUCGGACAUUGCUUUGAUUGUCUCACGUCUCGAGGAAAUAUCCGAUACGAAUAGCAAUGAAAUUACACUGAAAUAUUAUCUGAUGCUGACUAGUAAACGUGAACUUUAUCCAAAACGAGAUCUGGAGAAUAACAAACUCGGUAAAUUUCGUACAGUUUACAGUGUUGGUAAAUCGGUGACAAAUUCACAAAUCGAAAGUCCCUCGGAAUCGAGUCCAGCGUCAAGUACAAUGCCCUCGUCGAGAAAACACUCGAAAUGUGAAUUUAAAACGAGCUCCAUUGAUCUUCACGAGCAGAUCGUUAAUCUUUCGGAUGCCGAGGCUAAAAACGAGGAAAAUGACAACAACAACAACGAUGAUGAUAAUAAUGAUGAUAAUGAUGAUCAGGACGUUCAAGCACCAACUCCACCGCCAGUACCUUCAUCUCCUCUCACUCACAGUAUAUUGGGUGCUUCAUCUUCAAAUCUAACUCUCAUUAGACGUGAAUCGAUUAAUUAUUUUGGUUACUAUUCAUCGCACGAGCAAAUGAUGCAGCAAAUGAUAAUGUCACAAGCUCAAACGGCCAGGGAACAUAUUACCUCAAUGAUCGAACAGGGAGCACUACAUUGUCGGACUCAUUUAUUGUGGAAUAAAUUAUUGGAAAAUCGGACGAGUAUGUCUUACGCUGAAUUUACCGAACUACGUUCAUUGGCAAUUGUUGAACCACUCUCGACACUGGAUCCGAGACUAAGUCCACUUGUUAAUCAACCAAUGGUUUGGUAUCAAAAUUUAGCGAAAGUUUUGCAAAAUAAAUAUCAGGAUCAUCAUAAGCAAUUCAAUACGCCAGAUGGAAAUGUCACUCAUCAUCUUAUUCUUCAUCCGAGUUACGUUCAGGCGUUCAUGAUGUUGACUAUUGAUCUUCACACUUCUCGCGGUGAACUCUGCGCUGUCUAUCGAAAUUCAAUUGAGAAUACAAGUUCAUCGAAUGUUCGCGGAAUUUACAGUCUGGUUGAAGGUUUCGUAAACGCUUGCUGCUUCCAUUUAUGGAUGGGUCUGUAUAAUUAGAGGCUACCAAAAAUUUUAUCAAAUUUAACCCUCCUCACCAGAAAGGAAACGAAGAUCGAAAACGAUGGUACCUGAAUAAAGAAAAAAAAUAUUGCUACCUUGUCAUGCGAGAAUCAGACAUAACACUUUAUCCAUUUUGCAGAAUGUGAUCUUAAUUUUAUAUUUAAAAAAAAUAACUCAAAAUGGAUGAAGUUUAGAAUAUGUAAAUUCACAAUUUUUGUACAAAGAAUUUUUUUCAAGAAAUAUAAUUGUUUACAAAAAUGUACAAAUAGGGAGAAAAUUUGCUUUCUUUAGAAAGAGAUUUUUAUAAGUAGAAAUUUGUUCUUUCUUGAAAAUUGAUACUUUUCAAGAACAGUAAUUUUUUUUAUAAAUUAGUCUAGCUUUAUGAAAUUUUUUAUGAAUAGUAACUUUUUCGAAAAAAUUAACUUUUCUAUAAUUUUUUUUAGAGUUUACAAUUUGCCAAAUAAUAAUUUAAUGGACAUUGUAUUUUGUUUCUUAUUCCUGCAAUCUCCAUUUUAUUAUUAGAGUUCAAAUUUAUGAAUUCUUUUCUUCAAAAAGUGAAAAAAAAUUUACUUGUUUUUUAAUUUCAACAAAGAAAAUUAAGUUUACAAACUAAAGUUUUGAUAAUCUACUUUUUUAAUUGAAGAAAAACAAUUCAUAAAGAAAAAAGAAAAGAGUGUAAAAAAAAGAUCAAGAAAGUCUUAUUCUUGCAAGACACUUUUUGUCUAAAUAUUAUAAUUAUAUAUUGUAAAAAUAUGUGAUCGACAGAUUAUUGUUUUAUAUAUAAUAUAUAAAAUACGUAUGUUUUUAUGUAAAUAAAAAAUAUAUUUUUUCUUGUUAAAUCAAUAAUUUUAUUCCAAAUAUCCACGCGUGCGUAAUAGUCAACUAUUUAUAUAUACAAUUACGAAAACAAAAAAUUAAAUAUAUAUGAACUAAACUCCGAAUUCAUUUCAAGAAAACCGGAUUUGACAAAAACUUCUUUUUUCCUUUUUAAGCACAUAAAUCUAAAAACUAGAAGAAAAAAAGUAGAUAACUUUUUUUUGACCCUAAAUAUAACGUAAAUAAUAUAUAAUAAACGUGACAAAAAUAACAAAAAA